CGGACUUCUCCUGAAACACUCACAAAGUUUGCAAAGCGCAAAAACUGCUCACUUGCAGCCCUCCCUCUCUCCGAUCCCUCACGGAGGCUUUAGAGGUGAUACCGCCUUAGCAACGCGGGGACAAGGUACCGCCGCGCAAGGAAAAAAUCAUCCAGGACGCGGGAUAUUGUGCCUACAGUUUGCUAAAACCAAACAUGAAACCUCAAUUAUUUACCUUAGACUUAGUACUCUUGUGCAUAUCUUGCGGAGCAAGUGCACUAGCAGUGACUAUUCCUGUUGUGUCCACGUCCCUGCCAGCCGCUAAUAUCACCAAUCUUGGCGCAGCCUACGACUCUGGAACAGACACAGUGACUAUUUCUAAAACCAGGAGGAAGCGUUAUAUUAGUCAGAACGACAUGCUCGUCAUUCUUGAUUACCACAACAAAGUGAGAGGCAAAGUGUUCCCCCCAGCUUCCAAUAUGGAAUACAUGGUGUGGGACGACACACUAGCAAAAACGGCCGAGGACUGGGCUCAUGUCUGCCUGUGGGAGCAUGGGCCACCUCACCUCCUCAGGUUCCUGGGUCAAAACCUCUCAGUCAGGACAGGACGCUAUCGAUCCAUCCUUCAGCUGGUGAAGCCAUGGUAUGAUGAGGUGAAAGAUUACGCCUUCCCCUACCCCCGCGACUGCAACCCUCGGUGCCCACUCAGAUGCUACGGUCCCAUGUGUACACAUUACACACAGAUGGUCUGGGCAACAUCCAACAAAGUCGGCUGUGCCGUGCACACGUGCCACAAUAUGAAUGUGUGGGGUUCAGUGUGGAAAAGAGCGACCUAUUUAGUUUGCAACUACUCGCCUAAGGGUAACUGGAUUGGAGAGGCUCCCUACAAAGUAGGCGUACCCUGCUCUGCCUGCCCUCCCAGCUACGGGGGCUCGUGCAGCAACAACAUGUGCUUCCCCGCUCUUAAGACAAACUACCUGCACUGGUUCAAAUAAACAAAGGUUUCCUCUCAACAUAAGCUUACAACCUACAGUACCACAGAGACAUUAUCUUAAUCCAGUAAGGAUUUGCACAACACUCGUGGACCACACUAAUUUGUAUAUAUGGGCUUAUUUAAAGACAGAAACAUGCAUUUGAAGGCAGCAGACAAUUUAGCAUUGAUGACUUGUAAAUAAUCUGUAAAUUUAUUUUUUUUUUUAUACCAGAAUUACAAAGACUAUUUUAAUUGAUGCAAUAUAAUUUAAAUGUAAAAUGGGUCCUUAAACAGUGCAAACUGUACAGUAUGUGGUGCUAGAAACACACUUGGUUUUACUAUAUCAGUUUACAGAUGACGUCGUGGUAAUAAAGGACAUUACCACCAUCACAACUCCUCAUAGCUGCUCACUUUGGUGCUAUGGGCAUCACACCUCCAUGCUGUGUGCUCUGUCUUCACAGGAAUGCUCUGAUAUCAGGAUCAAAGCUUUUGACCUCAGAGGGGAGCCCCCCCCCCCCUCCUUCCCACACUGACAGCAUCAGCAGUUUAUAAGCUUAAGUGUGCUGCAAUUCCAGGUUAUGUCGUGCAGAAUAUACAUCAGUUAGAGUGGGAAGUGCUCAUUUGAAGGCGUAUUGUCAGCUUAGAUAACACCUCAGUGGUCAAAUGUUUACUUAAAGUGUAAUGCAGUGCAUUUUCAGUGUUAACCUGCACUAAUCGGCUUGUGUACCAUCACAGGCACUUCAUCCGUUGGGUUUCAUUCGUGUUCAUAUCAUUUUGGAUGCCAAACAGACCACAUGAAAUAAUUUGACCCAUAUAUCUGUUAUGUAGUCAUAUUUGUUAUAGAGAAUAUUGGUAUGCAACUGUAUAUACCACUCUAUACAGUAUAUUGAUAUUGUUUAAAUAUUGUGUUAUAAUCACUGAUGUAGCCGAGCUUUAGGCACUUGAGUGCACCUUAAUUGUUUGUAAAUGUCCAAAAUACCAGGAAAUUAUUUUUUGACUAUGUAGAUAAUCAUUAUACCUUGACUAUCUUAAAGUAUACUGUAAGUUAUUCAUUUUUACAUUAAAAUAUAUUUAAGUGAUAUUAAUUUUUUUUUUGUAAGAGGAUUGGAGUGUAAUGAAAACAUUCAGCAUAUUCAAGAAGAGGAAAAAGAUUAAAAAGAAAAUAACGACAACAAAGAAA